CGCGGGCAGAGACAAAGAGACCUCGGCCCCAGCGCAGCCCGGGCUCCCCUCGAAGACUCCCACGGUAAUGGCCGGGUCCCCGCGGGUUCCCGCGCUCGGCUGCGCUGCCCUCUCCCUCUGACCACGCUCCCGCUCGUCCGCGACCCGGGCCCUCCCUGCGCUCCCGGCCCUCUCUCCAGUCGGUGCGUCUGUCCGUCCGUCCUGGCGCGCCACCUCCGGCCACCGGCUUGGAUGGACGCGCUGAGGUUGCCCGGGGGUCCAGGGAUCUCGCUUCCGAAGUUGGUCCUGCUCUUUGUCUACGCAGAGGACUGCCUCGCUCAGUGCGGCAAAGACUGCAGAUCUUACUGCUGCGAUGGGACCACGCCCUACUGUUGCUCCUACUACGCCUAUAUUGGGAAUAUCCUCUCGGGCACAGCAAUUGCUGGCAUCGUGUUUGGAAUUGUAUUCAUCAUGGGGGUCAUUGCUGGGAUUGCCAUAUGUAUCUGCAUGUGCAUGAAAAACAACCGUGGGACCCGGGUGGGUGUCAUCAGGACCACCCACAUCAAUGCCAUCUCCUCCUACCCUGUGGCCCCACCGCCCUACAGUUAUGACCAUGAGAUGGAAUACUGUGCCGACUUGCCACCACCCUACUCUCCGACCCCACAGGCUUCAGCGCAGCGUUCUCCACCCCCUCCUUAUCCUGGAAAUUCAAGGAAACAGUCCUCUUCCCAUAACAGAAUACGUGCCAAUCAGAGAUCCUGCUUAGAAUAAAAUGGCUCUACUCAGGAAAAGGAAAGGCUUGCUCUAAGGAAUUUUGGGGUGAAACAUCAUGUCAAGUGGAAUGUCCAGGCCAAGAAAUACUGAGUUUUUACCCUUCUCUGAGCUGACCCCUUCUGGAGUACUGUUAUAUUUGAUGGUAUCACAUUUGAAAGAUGUACUGGUCAAUGAAAGCACAUUCAGAGAAGAGUAACAAGUUAGACAAAGCAUUUGAAACUCAUGUUGCUUAAGGAAAUUGCAAUACUGAUCCUGGAAGAGUGAAGAAUUAGGAAAGACAGUACAACAGCCUGGUCUACAUAAGGAAACAACUAUAUUCUGCAUAGCCUUAAAAGUCAGAACUAGAAUUAUUCAUUCUUUCAUUCAUCAAUAAAUACUAUUCAAGUG